ACUCUACUUACCUUUGCGAACUGUUGCUUUCGCUCUCCAGUCUAGCGAUCUAAUUACUCAAAAUUAUUGCUUCGUGAAACUCUUUGAAUAUAACCAUGAGCAAACAGAAGGCAAGAGCCACAAAUGCACAACUCACUGGACUAUAUAAACCAGAAGCUGUCAAAGAUGUCGCAGAAUCACUUAACAUUACGGGUCUCUCUGACGCUAUAGCUUCAGCGUUAGCGAGCGACGUUGAGUACCGGAUACACCAGGUAGUUGAGGAAGCGGGAAGAUUUAUGCGUCAUGCCAGACGAACAACCAUAACAACAUCAGACAUCGACCAAGCUCUACGCGUUCUCAACAUCGAACCCUUGUAUGGCCACUUCCCGCACAACCCCCCUACUUUCCGCAGAGCUCCCCCGUUCCCUCAAGCCCCAUCAGUGGGGACUGUCUAUUUUGUCGAAGAUGAGGAAAUCGACUUUGACCGCGUUAUCCGCGAAGAAAAGAUUACUAUGCCGAAAGGUGUCAAUUGGACCGCACACUGGUUAGCUGUGGAAGGCGUGCAACCUCUGAUACCAGAAAAUCCACCCGCAAUACCGCGGGAUAUAGAGGGAGAACCAUCUGGUAUCAAGCGAGAACCGUCGACUGCUCGUCCAGGUGGAUUAUUUCCUCCAACGCCUCCGUCAUCAGAUCGACCCUCUCCUAUGCAAGGAGCUAAGAAACAGCAACAACCACUUGUCAAACAAGUUCUGUCACGAGAGCUACAGCUAUACUAUACUCGCCUCACGUCUUCACUACUGCCACCCUCAUCCGACGAUACAAAACGCAACGCCGCUCUGGCCAGUCUGCGGAACGAUGCUGGUCUGCAAGCGUUACUGCCAUACCUUGUACGAUGGGUAGGAGAGGGCGUUGUGAAUGCACUGAAAGGAGGCGUUCAGACUGACAACGAUGGCCGUGUCCUCGGGGUACUCCUGGAUGUCAUAGGUGCCAUACUUGACAAUCCAACACUCUUUGUCGAGCCAUAUCUCCAUCAACUCCUUCCACCAAUACUAUCCACACUUCUCCAUUCCACUCUCCCGCCAACUUACGCCACCUAUCUUCGAACGACUGCCUCUCAAAUCCUGUCCCGCGUUCUCAGACAGCAUUCAACAACGUACCCAUCCCUCUCACCUCGAAUCAUGAAGACACUUCUUUUAGCGUUGAUAUCACCGGGGAAGAGUAAAGGUACCCGAGAAGGUGCCAUUCGAGGUCUCAUGGGCGUUGGGAAGGAGGCAGUUCGGAAAGGUCUCGUGGAAGGUGGCGGCGCGAAAGUCGUUGGCAGUGAAUGCAUGCCUGGAGAACAAAGCCCUGUUGUGGAUUCUGUCAUAGCAGCGCUCAAAGUCCUACACCCUCCGUCUUCACAUCCUCUGCCCUUGAACACCUAUGCAGAUACUGACCAGCCGCUUAUCACACAGUUGCAGGAAACGUUGGGUGAAUUUUUUGCUGAACAGCUGUUGUUUGAUCGCGAUUGGGCUGCAGGCAUCUUGUCCGGGUCCUCUGAACCUUCAUGAGCCCCGUGGAGGGGCAUUGAUGUUUCCUACGGCUUACCGUGCCUGGAUUGAUACCUCGAUACAGUUGUUUGUUGUAGCAGAGUAUUAUCUAUUACCAGACCGUCGAGGCUUUACAAAUCUGGCGGUUAGAGCAACUCAUUUCUGUUUAAUUUCUGUAUCUUGACUACGUUUUGGGUUUUGUUUCUCCAGUGGUAUGCUGAACAAUCUCUGAAACGCCGAAGGUGGAAAUACUAGCGCAUAUAAUACUGAAGCCUUCGAGCGAGACGAGCCUGUACGUGAGGCAUCAGAGCAUUUAGGGAUCGGGGGUGUUCUGCAGCGGCGAACUCGUCAAAAUUAUGGACCAUACAAUGACAUAUUGGACGCGAGACAUCCCCCAGUGCGAGCAAAUUUCCUCAGCUCUUUUCAUCCAGCAGGCAAACUACACAUCUGAAUGAGUAGAGUUCCUGAGCAUGCACGGGCACAACCCUCCUGCCUAUUAUUCUCAUUUGUAUACCAUUCUUGAAGCGAUAUGUCAUUUCCUACAUUCG